AUGGACUUCGAGAACUACGGGCAAAGCUCCCAGCAGCCCAAGCAGCGUCGGAAGAGAGUCGCCAAACGAAGGCAACGCAAUAAGCCCCCGGUUGCUGCGCGCCUGGCGCUGGAUCCUCAGCUGCGCGGCAAUGUCGGCGUCUUGUCCGAGGAUCUGGCGACCGACCUCUUCCCCCAACAAGCUAUUCAGGGCGCCGCGACCAACGAUGGAAUCUUGUAUGUCGCCGUUUCCCCGCAUUCCGCAACCUCAUCCGCGGUGGAAGAUCAGGCCUGGACCAUCCUGCCGGUGCAAAUCCAGUCAUCCGAGAGAACACACGCCCCGAUUUCGCAUUCGACUGUACUAUUCCCCGAAUCCGCAGAUUCUCUUCAACCAUUCCUACAGGCCCUUGGCAAACUGGAUUCAUCCCGGAACUCACUGCAGACGCACCGGGCCGUGGAGAUCCGCAUCCUCGACGUCGCCCCCUUGCAUCUCGAUACAAUCUUCGUAACGGUCGAGCGCCAUUUACUCCGCAAUCACGAUGACGUACAAAACAAAUUUGGCGGUGGUUUUUCCGGCAACGUUCAUGGACCCGAUGGGGUUUGGCCGAAAGGAAAGAUCGCCGAUACAAAGAAGCUCUCCAAGAAGGCCGCGGCUGAUGCGGAGAUGCGACUAACUGCGGCUGUACGAGAGGCAUUGGCGGCGCAACGCAUUGUUCAUGUCGGCGAUGUAUUGCCUCUCCCUCUCCCCCCUCACCCCAUCACCUAUGCUCCCGCCCCGCCUGCGAGGAUCUCAUUCUGUGAGCCGGUAUCACAGGGUCUUUUGAUGCCAACGACCAAGGUUGUUCUUGUGCAAGCUCGUCCUCAAGGUCAUCGGGCACCGCAAGCCCUCCCACCGCGAUCUGCUCUUCUCAAGCAAGUGGCCGAAGAUGAGGCCGAUGAUACUUCUAAUGAACAGUUCUAUUCCGCCGCUGAAGAUAAGCCUGGGGAGAGCGGGACCGAAAUGGAGACUACUUCUGCUGCUGAGGAAUCCGAGACGGAGGGGUCAGCGGGAUCUGUUAGCGAUUCGUCUGACGAUUCUCUCGAAGACAUGAUUUCGCUGUCCGCGCCCGAGCUUCCUCAACCACCUUCAGGUGUUAUGUCGUCGAUGACCUCGGCAACUCCCCGAGCGGGUGGACGACGGAUGGAUGGGAUCCACACUCCAGGCUCAGUCGCAUCUAAUUUUACAUCGGCUACUAUGCGGCCUGGUCGUGGUGGCGGCAAAGUGUUCAAGGUUGAAGGACUUCUACAGCAGGUACCAAAUGAAGUGUUGCAUCCCCGUCCUCGUGAUGAUGAGGAUGUCGAUUCCUUCAUUUUCGUGGAUAUCAGCACUCUAGCCAAGAUUGGUUGCUUCUCCGGAGACUGGGUGCGAAUUGAGGCGGCCGAGGAACCCCAGAUGAAUAUGUUCGCCUCACUCAAGUUCGGCAGCUUCAACGACUCCCCAGAGGACUCAGGGGAAUGGCGUCCUGUCAAGGUCUUUGGUCUACCUGGUCUUCCUUCACCGAAGCCUCGAUAUGCGAUCAAUCACUCCGGUGAUCGUCGUUCAAGCUUCUCCCAGCGUGCUCCCACGCGUCUCACGCCAUCCGUGUUCGUCCCCCCUUUGCUCCUCAGCAACAUCGAAAACCCCAAGCAUCUUCGCAUCUCCCCCAUGGUAUUCACAGCCGCCAAUAAUCCGUCUAAGCCGGGCCUCCUGCAUCAAAUGAAGAACAGUGCGGCGAAGAACCCUCCAUUGGCCAAGGAAGUCACACUCCUCAAGGUUUCCACUCCCCUUUCCUUGGACAGAGUGCUUCAACCGGCGCUCUUCGCAGGACUGAAGCAAUAUUUCGAGUCCCGGCGACGGAUUUUGAAAAGCGGUGAUCUUGUUGGUAUCAGUGUCGACGAAGGACUCGGCAGGGCGGUCUUCUCUGGAACCUCUGGAGGCGAUAGUGCCCAAGAGGAUGAUAUUACCUCUAGGCUAGGCCAGGGAUCCAACCCCACUGGGUCUCAAGCGCGCAAGGUUGGCGUUGCUUGGUUCCGCGUAGGCCAGGUGGCUCCAACUGCCGUUGAAGAGCUCGAAGAGACCGAGGAGGAUCAGUGGGGUGGAGUGGCUGUUAUUGACCCAACAAGCACCCGCAUGGUCCAAGCCGGCAGCGAUGUUAGCCGAGUACCCGGAAAUCUAGGCAAUGGAUGGGAGUAUUGGCUUGGAGUGAAGACGAUUCCUAAGGCUGUCGGCGAGACUCUAGCGCCGCAUGGUAUCCUUGCGGAACCACCUCAGGCUUUCAUCCCACCUCUACAGCAGCGAAUUCGAGAGUUGAUGGCCGCGGCGACAAGUCCCCGCGCAAUUCAACUCGGCAUGAAGCCUGUCACAUUGGUCUUCAUACCUUCCUCUCUUGAUGCAUACGAUAUCCUGACUGAGGGUGGUGCCAAUGGCGGCGACGUGAAGACGGAAGCUUAUCUCAAGGCACGAGCGGAGCGAGCUUUCCACUGUGGUGCAAACUGCACCGCCUUGUUGAUUAAGCACAUCGAAGUGCUAACAGCCGAUCGCAUGGUGACGGCGAUGGCCGAUGUCGUGAGUGAUGCUCGAGUCAUAAUUGCCACCACCAGUGACGUGGAGCAGAUCCCAGAAGGCAUCCGCAGCAUGUUCACCCACGAAUUUGAGAUGGGUGCCCCCGAGGAGAAAGAGCGUGAGGGUAUUCUCCGCAACUGCGUUGCUGAGCGAGGAAUCAAGCUGUCCGCCGACGUCGACCUGGGGACUGUUGCGUUGAAGACCGCUGCGCUGGUGGCUGGUGACCUGGUCGAUGUUGUGGAACGUGCCUCUGGGGCUCGAACGGCCCGUCUCGAGAACCUGGUCGAGACUGCCAGCAAGCAGCGCCCGGAAUCGCAGGUCUGCGUUCGAGACGUUCUUCUUGCCGGCGGAGAUGGCGCGCGGGCUGUCACGAAAGCAGACUUCGAUUUCGCUGUCGAAGCUGCGCGAAAGAACUUCGCUGACUCGAUUGGUGCACCCAAGAUUCCUAACGUUGGUUGGAACGAUGUUGGUGGCUUGACGAAUGUCAAGGAUGCCCUGAUCGAAACUAUUCAGCUGCCGCUUGAGCGUCCUGAGCUAUUUGCCAAGGGUAUGAAGAAACGCAGUGGUAUUCUGUUCUAUGGUCCUCCUGGUACCGGAAAGACUCUACUUGCCAAGGCCAUCGCCACCGAGUUCUCUCUCAACUUCUUCUCUGUCAAGGGCCCCGAGUUGCUCAACAUGUAUAUUGGUGAAUCCGAAGCCAAUGUGAGACGGGUCUUCCAGCGUGCGCGCGAUGCCCGCCCCUGUGUCGUCUUCUUCGAUGAAUUGGACUCCGUUGCCCCGAAGCGUGGUAACCAGGGAGAUAGUGGUGGUGUGAUGGAUCGUAUUGUCAGUCAGUUGCUUGCUGAGCUGGACGGAAUGAACGGCGGCGAGGAGAACAGCGGCGGUGUCUUCGUCAUUGGUGCGACUAAUCGUCCUGAUCUGUUGGACACUGCUCUCCUUCGACCUGGUCGAUUCGAUAAGAUGCUCUACCUGGGCGUGUCAGAUACCCACCGCAAACAAGCUACAAUUAUGGAGGCACUUACGAGGAAAUUCGCCCUCCACCCGGAUCUGUCACUGGAUCGGGUUUCCGAGCACCUGCCCUUGACCUAUACUGGUGCUGAUUUGUACGCUUUGUGCUCGGAUUCGAUGCUGAAGGCUAUUACGCGGAAAUCUACCGCCGUUGACGAUAAGAUCAAGCAACUGCCCGGCGGGCCGGUCAGUACGGCCUACUUCUUCGAUUACCUCGCGACUCCGGAUGAUGUGGCGGUGAUGGUGACUGAGGAGGAUUUCUUGGCGGCUCAGAGUGAAAUGGUUCCCAGUGUUAGUGCCAAGGAAUUGGAACAUUUCGAACGAAUCCGCCAAACCUUCGAGGCCGUCGAUAAGUCAAAGCAGGAUUCUUCUGGGGCCGGUGGGCAGACAAUUGCAGAGGCUAUGGAGGCAUUUAGUAUGGGAGAAUCGACAGAUAUCCCUAUUGUGAAUGGUGACGCCUCGUUUCCGGGAGGUCCUGGGGGCAUUCAUGGCCGCAUUAAGGGUCUAAAACAAUGGCCUGGAGGUAUUGUUCGAAGCCCAAGUGGUAGCUCGAUCAGCAGUGGCAAGGGCAAGGGCAAGGCUGCUGCUGGUAAGAAGGGAAAGAGUGCUCGGAUUGGAGGAGACUCUGAUGCCUCUCUGGAUGGUGAUGACGAGACUAUGGCCGACGGUGCAGUUGAGGAUGAUGAGGAUGAUUAUAUUGUUCGCACAGAUCAUCUUGCGAAUCCUAUGGAGGAGGUGGAGUAG